AUGGCCGCCUACUACGGCUCGACCAAGGCCAUGGCGGAGCUGCUGCUGCAGUGCCCUGAUGCGGCGGAGAUGGUGGACGCCAGCGGCAGGAACGCGUUGCAUGUCGCCAUCACCAUCGGCAAGGUGGACGUGCUCCGCUGCCUCCUCAAGCUGGUGCGCCCCGAGGACACUAUCAACCAUGUCGACCGCGACGGCAACACGCCGCUUCAUCUGGCGGCCAAGUUUAAUCGAGCACCGCUUGGCCUGCUGCUGCUCAAGGACCGCCGGGUGAACCCAUGCGUCCUCAACCGCAACGGCCGCACCGCUCGGAGCUUUAUCGAGACACAAACACCAGUGGAUAACCUCACGGUCUACUUCUGGAAGGAGCUAAAGAAGCAAGAAUCCAUCAAAUGCAAGGCGCAACAGCUGCCCCCUGAAACAACGCCUGAUUGGUUGCAGGACCUCAACCAGUACGUGCAGCAAAGGAUGGGGACCUACACUCUCGUGGCAACUCUCAUCGCAACGGUCACCUUCUCUUCAACCUUCACCAUGCCCGGCGGGUACGACCAGCAGGAUGGCACGGCCAUCCUUGGCCACCGGCCAGCAUUCAAACUGUUCGUCUUCGCGAAUACCCUGGCAAUGCUAACGUCAAUCGUCGUUGUCUUCGGCUUCAUCUGGGCAAGAAGGGAGCAGCUGGAUUUUAGGACCGGCAGGGUCAUAGCUUGGAGCCAUUGGCUCACCGUCAUCGCCUGCCUCUCCAUGGUCGCGUCCCUGACCACCUCUGUCUACCUCACCGUCGUGGCAAAGGCACCGUGGCUCGCGUAUAUAGUCAUUGUGAUGGGUUGCAGCACUCCUUUCGUGAUGUUUCUGAUGUUGGGCAAGGACUUGUUCGCCACACGAGUGUAG